GCUGCAUGGAGUGGACGCCAUGGCCCUGGGCGCACUCCCUUGACGAGCAUUGGUUUGUUCAGGUCUAUCUGGGUCCAUCUCUGUGUUGCAACAUACGGAGCCUUUGAAAGCCUUCAGGGUCAGGGCGUCAAGGUGGUGCUAUCAUCAAUCCUGAGCUGGGAUGGCGUUUGUUGGCAGGGCGUUGAUUGCAUUGCGGCCGCUCAGUUGCGCGAGCGCUGGUCCAGCAAUUCUGGAAAAGCUGGGAGUUGUGGCGAUUCCUGCAAGUCGGUUGUUGCAUAAUUCGCAGCAUUGCGCGGGCUCUGAUCAGCUCAGGCAUGAAGGCGGGUUUACAAUCGCACCACUGUUUGCAGCUGCUCAAGAAGAAACUUAUGAGGCAGUGCAUCAGUCCAAGCGAAGCUGGUCUGUGCUUGCUGCAUGUUUGACUUCAUUUGGGGUUGGGGCUUUGCUUGGAGCCGAAAUCCACCGGAGAAGCAGUGGCGCUCAUGUUAGUGCAGAGGGAAUCCAUGCUUCAAGUGCUUGGCCGUCCUACACUCAAGCCCAUCUGCUUCCCCCCGCGUGGCCAUCUUCAACAAGUCCCUCCUCUUUCCAAAAUACAAGUCCAUCCUACUUGCCUCUGACCACCACAACAGCGCAGUUCCUCCCUCAAACUCCUUAUCUGGUUCACGCCAACUUCGGUCGCAGCAGAGUACAGCAGUCCCUAGGCACAGGUGUUUCCGAGGAGCUUGCGCAGAACGACCUCCAGAAAGAACUCCAGCUCUCCCCAGCUUCAGUCCCUGGGCCUCUUCCGGAGUACCUCAAAAGCCAGGAAGCAGCCAGACCCUUGCCGGCCCCAGCCGGUUCUGAGCCUACGUCCUCCACUCGCCCGUACUUGUCGGCAAACUUUAUUGCCGAUGCCGCUGCAAAGGCUUCUCCUGCUGUGGUCAACAUCACAGUCUCAUCUGGGAGAGGUUGGUUGAUGUCCCAGUCUGCCGGCUCUGGCUUCAUCGUGGACAAGGACGGAACCAUCCUCACAAAUGCACACGUGGUCGCAGAAAUGACAGGGAGGGAACGAGGCGCUUACCGUGGAAAGCUUCUGGUGACGAUGCAAGACGGUCGAACUUUCGAGGGAAAGGUCAUGAGUUUCGACACGCUUUCUGACAUCGCCGUCGUCAAGAUGGAAUCGAGCACGCCCCUCCCGUUCGUAAAACUAGGGGAAUCUGCCAAUCUCAGGGCCGGGGACUGGGUGGUGGCCCUGGGCAGUCCUUUCCAUCUGAUGAACACAGUAACGUGCGGGAUCGUUAGUUGCACGCAGCGCAAGAGCAGCGAGCUGGGCGUGCUUGGCGGCCGGACGAACUACAUCCAAACGGAUGCCGCCAUCAAUCAGGGCAACUCCGGAGGUCCCCUCGUCGACCUCGAUGGGAAAGUGAUUGGCAUCAAUACGAUGAAGGCCCUGUCAGCGGACGGGGUCAGCUUCGCCAUCCCCAUUGACGCUGCGCGCAAGGUUGUUGAGCAGCUGGCCAAGCACGGGCGUGUGUUGCGGCCCUUCGUCGGGAUGAAGAUGCUGGAGUUGAACGCCGCAGUGAUCAGCCAGCUGAAAGAGCGGGACUCCACCUUUCCCGACGUGUCUGCCGGAGUGCUCGUUCCCCAAGUGAUUCCGGGGUCACCUGCAGAGAAGGGAGGCCUCAUGCCGGGUGACGUCAUCGUCGAGUUCGACGGCCAAAGCAUCACCACAGUCAGCGAGAUACUGGAUGCGUUAGGCGAACGCAUUGGGGAGACCAUCAAGGUAGUCGUGCGAAGGCCGCGUGGAAAAAACGCCACCCUCUCUAUCACGACUGAAGAGGGCGGUCCACCUUCUUGAGUGCAAGAGAACUCAGGCCUGUACCUUAAGUUCAGGCGCUCGUUUAGAUCUUCCUCGCUUUGACUUCUGCUUAAUGUAAAGUCUGACAAUAAC